UAAUUUUCUACGAAGCAAUACAGUUAUCGCCCUCUGGUCCUUACUCCGAAAACGUGAAGUACCGAUUUUUCUUAUCAGUUAUCUGAUAACGUGGAGGUAACUUUGUUUAUGCCACAGAUUUUUUUUUCCAAAGUCUGUAAAGACGUGUUAUACUUUUUGUCCUUCUUCAUUAUACUUUUUUCAUAGAUUAUGAUAAUAUUUGUAUUAUAACUUGUUGUGUUAUAUGUAUAUCCAUGACUUUUCCUUUGAUUGGUAUAUUGAUAGAGGGAAUGCGAAAUCCGACGCGAUCACUAUUGAUCGUAAUCAAUCAGGAUUCACUUAUGGCGUUAACUACUAAAGAUUUCGAGACUGCUCAUUAUUGCUGCAAAAAUGGGUCAUGUACUAUUGCGUCAUAGUCGCUUGAAUUGAUGUAUGCUGUCAGUUUAGUGGUCCAUUUAUGUCUAGUCAAAAGUCAAAUCUAUUAUUAAGUACGUCUAUGGUUCCUAAAGUUGCCAAAAGUAACAGAUCAUUUGUGUUCCAAUAAUUAUAUACCUAGUCCAAUAAUGCAAAAUCACGGAGAAGUAUGUCAAGAAUCAAUUUUUAUCAAGCGUGAACCUCAAAGUGACCAUACUUUGGAAGAUUAUAAUGUUGAUAGAGACGAAAAUUCUUUAGAAGAGUCAUCGUUGCAAACACUAUCGUAUCAGUACAAUAACGUUAAUAUAAAAACGGAACUCAAAACUGAAGUCAUUGACAUAGUCGAAGUCAAACAGGAAUUCAUUGACACAGAAGAUGACUCCUCUACUAACAGUAAACUCAUUGAGACUGAAUCGAGUUCUGAUUAUUCAAAAAGCAACCUGAAGUGUAAUCUAUGUUAUAAAACAUGCGACGACCAUUAUGAUUUAAUAGCUCAUAAAAUAAUAUCACACGUUGACAAACCUUAUGCUUGUCCGCUAUGUAACGAAAAGUAUAUUCUCUCUGCUCAUUUGAAUUCGCAUAUUAUGUCCAGCCACCGUGAUAGUAAUAGGAUCGUAAUUGGCCCUACAAACUUUGCUUUGAAAAUGCAAUUAGCUUCGGACCUAAUUUUAUUAGAAAGACAAACAGAUAAUCAGCAUUAUAAAUCACUUCGAGCUACAACUAAAACUUCUGCAGAAGUUGAUUCGAAAAUACAUAUGUGUAUCCGCACGAGUGGGCAAAAAAUUGACAAAAAACCGUUCACUUGCCCCGAUUGUUUAUUUGUGUCUAUGUCUAAGAUUGAAUUGUUGCACCACAGAAAUAAUAGUUGUAUAAAUCUACAUAUUGAUAAAAAAAAACAAAUAGUAAUUGCCCCUGAUGGCGUUAACGUUUCUUAUAAAUGUAAGGUUUGUGGUAAAUUGUUUUUAAGACUAAAAUCCCUAAAUGGACAUUUAAAGACUCACAGUACAAAAGUUGUUUAUAAAAAUAGAACACAAGGUAUAAUUAGUCCUAAUGCUGAAAAUCGGUCUUGCCGAUGUGAGAUAUGUGGCAAAUUAUUUUUUACACUUAAGUCAUUGAAUAGUCAUUUAAAAGUGCACAAUAAAAAAUCAAAAUUCAAAACAAUCGGCCAGAAUGUUGGCAAUAUGUCUUAUAGUUGUCACCUUUGUGGGAAAUCUUUUUUAAAAUGUCAGUCAUUAAACGGUCAUUUGAAAAUACAUAGCGUGAAAUUUAACUAUAAAAAUAAAUGUCCUCAACAAAAUUUCAGUCCUAACGUUAACAAUUGGUCGUACGAUUGCAAUAUUUGUGGACAGUCUUUUCUUAAACUUAAUUUAUUAAAUGCUCAUUUAACGACACACAAUACACAAAUUAAAUAUAAAAAUGUUAAAAGUAUCAAGAAAAACUAUAAACAAAUUGAAGGAAUGGUUAAGAAAAUAAAAACUGAAAACAGUAUUACAUUGAAUAAUAGUUUAAAACAUGUGUGUGAAUUUUGUCAUAAAAUCUAUUAUACAAGUAAAGCUUUAAAAGUUCACCGCAGAAUGCAUUUAAAAAAAAAUGUUUGCAAAAUUUGUAACAAAGUAUUCUUUUUAAUGGCGAAUUAUAAAAAUCAUUUAUUAACGCAUCACACUGAGAAACAAAAUAAUGUACAAACAUUAUUGAGUCAGCUGCCGACAAAUAAAGAAACUAAACCCAAGCCUUUAAAACUAAAACUAGUAUUGACCAAAUCAGACAGUGAUCCGUUAGGAAAACCAUACCAAUGUUCCUAUUGUAGUAUUCGUUUUAGUUCAACAACGUAUUUACAAGUGCACUAUAAAAAGUUUCACGCUAAUACGCAAAAAUGGAAGAUUAAACCAAAGAUUUCUAAAAGUAUGUGUAAGUUGUGUGGGAGAAGUUACAGUUCCACCUCAAACUUAUGUAGACAUACAAGAAUUCAUCACAAAAACUAUUUCUCAUGUUAAAUGAUUAUGUAGCGAAUAAGAGAGAUGUCUAAACAAAAUAUAAAAAUUUAGUUCUUAGAUUCAAUGUUAAUGUGUAAGAUAAUGUAAGUGUAACAUUAUUAAAUAUAAAUUAAACAAUUUCUAACUAUUUAAAAAAUACUUUUAAGUUAAUACAAAAGGUUUAUUUUAUUAAAAAAACAAUGUAAACAGUCUUUAAGCUGGCUUAACAACUAUUUUUUUUUUGUCAUCUAUCAUUAAACAAUAUACAUACUAAUU